AAGGAGGGACAGGAGAAAGAAUGCUAUGAUGUCACAGCAGCCCACACAAAUACAAAAGCCGCCGAGAGAAAGACACACAUGCUCUGUGUUUCACUAAAUCAACUUUACAGCGCACUUCUCCAGCUCUGAAUGGUGAGGAGACCUGUAUCUAUCAGGGGCAGGAAAAACUCCCUUUUGAAGCGCUCCUCUGCUGUUGACUCAGUUUGCUCUCUUCCCUCAUAAAAAAAACUGCCUAGCUGCUCUUCGCUGACGCACUUCUGGCCAGCUCAUCUCCACAUCAAGUUUCUCUGCUACCUCCCUGGCAUCUGCUUUGACAGAGACUGGAAUCAUAUGGCCAGAAUGUGGGACAAGAGCAAACGUCUCAACAAAAUAAUCUAAAAUGCCAAUCUCUGGAAUAUAGAGGAAGCUUUUGUUUGAGGAGAGGCCAAUAAGAACUCCAAAAAAAGAGCUGGACUCUUCAGUGUUUUGUGUCUCAGCACCCAAAGGUCUCGUACACUUGCGCACAAACACAAACACACAAAUCAUCAACAUGUUGCAGCAAAUACUGGCUGACAUGUACAUCGACCCAGAUGUACUUGAGGCCCUGAACGAGGAACAGAAAAAAAUUCUCUUCUUCAAAAUGAGAGAGGAACAAGUCAGGCGCUGGAAAGAGCGGGAAGAGAAGGAGGGCGAGGAAGGAAUAAAGAAAGAAAGGCCCCAGAAAAAGAAAGGUCCUUGUAAAAGUGUGAGCUGGUUGUUGGGAAGAGAUGGCGACGUGCACGUGUGUAUUAUCGGAGAAUCAGACGAGCUCAAAUCUUCAAAACUUAUCCUGUCAGAGCUGAGGGACCAAACAGUGUCCAAUGCUAACAAUAUCAACAGAGCAAAACCAGAAACUGUAAAGAGCAAUCUGACCAAACCCAAUAGAGCACAAACAACCAGCACAGAACCAGGGAUCCAGCUACUGCUCAAGAAACCAGAGGAGCGCAGUGAUUCCGGAACCGUCUCAAACAAGUCCAAGGACAGCGGUUCUGAUCAGUCUGCUGACGACACCAGGUGCCAAACAGAUGAUUAUGACUCGGGCAGCGUUGAGGAGGACACAGGCUUGUACAGAUCACAUCUGAGCAACAGAGAUACAACAAUAGCAGACAGACUGAAAGAGCUGGCAUUACACAGAGCAAUGAAAGAGCAGCUGUCAGUUGAUGACAAGACACACCCACUGGACACACCAGACAAAGGAGUGGAGAAAGACAAGGAUAACAGUCUGACAUAUGGCAGUCGUGUGGCUAAUCUCAGGAAGACCUUCAACACCACAAAUGCCAAAGGAUCUUCUCCAUGUAUCAAACCACCAAUCCCCAGCAAGCCUGCUCAUCUACUGACCUCCCCUUCGGUCAGAUAAACAUGCACACAGUCUACCACUCCAUACACCUGAUAUAUAGACUCCUAAACAUCCAUUUGUAUCCAAAAAACAGCAAAAUGGACUGAAAAAUCAGAAAACACUUGAACGUAUGAACACAUCCAGGUGUGGAUCCAGCUGGAGAUGAGCACUGAAUGGAAUUCGAACACCCUUUAUGACCCAGCUCAGAUCAGCAUUUGUCCAUUUUUACACUGUUUACAGAGGAGCAUGGUCUCCAAAGAACUAAGAUUUGAUCUGUUGCCUUUUCAUUUUAUUGUUUGUAUUAAGACUAAUAUACUGUGUUUCCUUAAGGGGAGAAAGACCAAAGGUAUUGUCUACUGUUUUUAAGAGUUAAUGGCUCAUCUUUUUUUGUUGUUGUUGUAAAUAACGUUGUCAUAUUGUAUAUAAUAAAGUGGUUGGUUUUGACUGGA